AUGGGGCCCCUGUGUCCUCACCCACACUCAAACCACUUCCAAAAAAGCCUAUGAAAGGUACCAGGGGCAUCUCAUGGGGCCCCCUACUGACCAGGGGCGGAGCAAUAGGGGAUCAUGGGGCCCCUGUGUCCUUGCCCAAACUCAAAAAAGCCUAUGAAAAAGGUACCAGGGGCAUCUCAUAGGGCCCCCUACUGACCCCGGGCCCUCAGGCAGUGCCCGAGUUUCCAAAUGGUCAGUCCGCCCCUGUCUCUGUGUAUCACCCGAGGCCAGUCACUUCACUGGGUGUAUAGAAGGGUUAACAACCA